AUGUCGGCAACAAGCUUGAACACGGCACGCACCGUUCUCGUCACAGGCAGCACCGAUCCUGAAGCGCUUGGUUUCACAGCUGCUCGUCUUCUGGCUCUCGACCACAACUUUUCCGUGAUCCUCAGUGGUAGGCGUAGCCAGGCGGUGGAUGGUGCUGUGAAAUUGCUGACCGAGCAGGUGCAAGCUCGUUCUUGCUCGGCCAGAAUCCAUGGCCUCGUUCUCGACGUCGAUGAUCAGGCUUCCAUCGAUUCGGCCGUGGAGCAUCUUUCCGAUCCGGCUGGUCCGCUGCAGGGUGGCGGCUUGGAUGUGCUUAUCAACAAUGCAGGCGUCGGCGCUCCGCCAGGUCGUGGUGGUAAGCGCACGGACAACAUGUUUCUCCAAACCGAGCUUACCACUUCGGCCGAUAUGAUCCAUGUGCUUACCACCAACGUCGCUGCUCCGGUCGCUGUGACCAAUGCUUUGCUACCUUUUCUCGCCAAAUCCGAUCGCCCUCGAAUCGUCAACGUCUCCUCUGCUCGAGGUUCCAUCGCGUUUGCCAGCGGCUUGGAACCGGCGCGAACCGGCGCGAUGGUCUACAACACGUCCAAGGCUGCCUUGAACAUGGUCACGCUCAUGCAAUCAAAAAACUUGGUCGCUCACACAAAGCCUAAUCUCAAGGUCAAUGCCGCUUCUCCCGGACACGUCAAGACGCCGUUCAACAACUUCACAGGCUUGAGGACACUGCAAGAGGGUGCAGCUGUUUACGUGCAUUUGGCCACGCUUCCCGAUAAUGGUCCGACGGGCCAGCUGAUUGGGAACCAUGCUCCUUUCUCGAAAGAUGGAGCGUAUGUUGAGAUUCCUUGGUAA